UAAAGCUUUUCGUUAGCCGAGCCGGGGUGGAAGUGGCGUCUGUGAUAAUAGGCGACUGAGGCCCUUUGUGAGCCGUGAAAUAAAGUUAAAUUUACAAUAUGUAACAUAUGUGAUUCAGUUCUUAUCUUUCAGAGUAGACAUUUUUAUUUAGGUAGUGUCAUACUUCAAUGUAUCGAUGGAGGAUAUGCGUCAUGAACGCUGUCUCAUGCCACUUCUUUGAUGAAUAAUAACGGUUGUAGUACAGCGAACUAUGUCCCGUAAGGUUAAUUAUAUUGUCACUGCAGUAAUAGUCAAAUACAGUACUGUUAAAGCAAUAGUCACUUACAGUACUGUUAAACAUAAGCAAAACAAACAAAUCGUGAAAAGUUGACUGUCCUAAAGAGUCCCUUUAACUUUUACAUGAAUAUCAAUCAAAUCGUUAAUAUCUGUGCGGAAUGUUGCAACGGCUUAUGAUAUAACAAUAUGUCCUAAUAAUCAUGAUCCGACACUUGAGCAUAAUUUCAAGGGUCACAAGGAUGCCGUAACAAGUGUGGACUUCAGCAGCAAUAUGAAACAGCUCGCCACCAGCUCCACAGACGGCAUCGUGAUGAUCUGGAACUUAAAACCUCAGAGGCGUGCUUAUCGUUUUGAUGGGCAUGAAGACUCCAUCACCUGUGUCCAGUUUUCUCCCUCAGGACACCUGGUGGCCUCUUCCUCCAAAGACAGGACUGUACGCCUUUGGGUGCCCAACAUGAAGGCUCAGUCAACAGUGUUCAAGGCUCACACCGCCACCGUGCGUUGUGUGGACUUCUCUGGAGACGGUCAUACUAUGGUCACAGCGUCGGAUGACAAGACGGUCAAAUUGUGGGCCCUCCCCCGACAAAAGUUCCUGUUCUCCCUCAAUCAGCACAUCAACUGGGUCCGCUGUGCCAGGUUUUCUCCAGACGGCCGCUUGAUUAUUUCCUCGAGUGAUGACAAAACCAUCAAGCUGUGGGACAAGAACAGCAGGGAAUGUGUUCACUCUUUCUACGAACAUGCAGGUUACGCAAACCAAGUAGAAUUUCAUCCAAGUGGAACUUGCAUCGCUGCGGCUAGUACAGACAAUUCAGUCAAGGUGUGGGACAUUCGAUCCCUUAAGAUGUUGCAACAUUACCAAGUCCACAGUGGUUUUGUGAACAGUUUGUCUUUCCAUCCAUCUGGUCAUUACCUCUUGACUGGGUCCAACGAUUCCACAACGAAGAUACUGGAUCUUGUGGAGGGAAAACUGUUGUUCACACUGCAUGGACACCAGGGUGCAGUAAAUUGUGUGGCCUUUUCCAGAACAGGAGAAUAUUUUGCCUCAGGAGGUUCUGAUGAUCAGGUGAUGGUGUGGAAGAGCAAUUUUGACAACAGCAGUGACACACUCAAGAAUCAGCAGUCCACCAACCAGGCACCGCAACCUAUCCGAACAGCUGCCAAAACAGGUCGUGGUCACGGGGAAACUAUGCAUAACAACACCCACAGGAUUACAAUCACCAACAUCCCAGGAAGCACAAGCAGCAGUUCCACCUCCACCAGCGCAAAGGUCCAUGGCCAGCCAUGUAAACCAUCACACGAAGUAACCAAGCCCCUGGAGAGACCUCCAACCCCCGGUUUAACCAGCGCGCUUGAAAACAUUAUAGGUCAAUUGGAUAUUCUCACAAAGACUGUGUCCAUGUUGGAACAUCGGCUGUCGCUGACUGAAGAAAAGCUGAAGGAAUGUUUACAGACCCAGGUGGAUUCCCAAGCGUUUCUAGACGAAGCAAGCUGGACGCCGGAUGCUCAAUACUGAGAUGCUGCAAAGACAAAUGUUGUGGAGGGGUUUGCUUGAAAGAGUUAAGAGAGCCCCUCUUUUCUACUGAUAAAGAUGUCUGCACUAGGUCUUUUUCCUAUUUGCCUGUUUUAUGUUUUUUGCAAACUUGCACAAAAUGGCAACUACAAAUGACACUUUAUCUAGAGCCAACAUCAAAUGUGUUGCCUGAUUUUUUAUUAUAUAUUUUUUAAUUGGUCUAAUCUAAGCGUCUUUCAAAUGUAGCAUCAUAUAAAGGCCAAUUAAUGACAAAAAAAACAUCCUUCCUUCUUACCAUACAUUUUGAGUGUGUCCAUGUUUAGCUUCCACUAGGUUAUGCCCCUUAUAAAUUCUGCACCACAUUUCUCCUGAACAGCUGUAUUUGCGUUUUUUAACAAUUUUUACAAAGCACCGUUAUUAUUUAAUCACGGUGACUUUUUCAAAAGGCCCGAAAUUCACGAGAAUUAUAGCUUUAACAUGCUUUAAAUGUUCUUGCCUAUCACCCUUGCCAUUUCCUCGUGGAUCAGUGGUGAGCUAGGUAGGUUAGGUAAAACUGGCCAGAAAGACAAUGUUAUUUGUUUUAACUAGAAACUGCAAUUUCGGGAGAAAUUACACCUUGGUCUUUCCUCUGUGGAGAUACAAAUCUUAGCCCCACUCAGGUCUAUCAAUAGAAUGGACCAUAAUGCCAGUCAAUGGCACUAAACAAAGUAAAAGCCAUUAGAAAAGAUUGGGAGAAUUGGACGUCCAUGGCCGUCAAUGGCAUCACCCUCCAUAAGCGGCAAUCCAAUCAGGGACAUUUGGGGGACACGUCCUAAUGAUAUCUAGUCAUUUUCUGUUGA